AUGUCUGACCAGGAAGCAAAACCUUCAGCUGAGGAAGUGAGGGAUGAGAAGGAAGGAGAAUACAUUAAACUCCAAGUCAUUGGACAGGAGAGCAGUGAGAUCCACUUCAAAGUGAAAAUGACAACACAUCUCAAGAGACUCAAAGAAGCAUACUGUCAGAGAAUUGCUGGGAAUCACACUCCAAAAGAACUGGGAAUGAAGGAAGAUGUGAUUGAAGUUCAUCAGGAACAAACAAGGGGACAUUCAAUGAUUUAG